AUGUCGGACAUCGGCUCGGAUGAGUUUGACGAAGAACAGAACAAACUCGGGGAGUACAAAGGGGACAGGAAUGAAGCCGGAGAGAGACACGGAGUGGGAAAAGCCGUCUUAUCCAACGGAGACAUUUAUGAAGGAGAGUACGAGAACGGGAAGAGACACGGACAGGGGACGUAUCGCUACAAGAAUGGGGCAAGAUACGUGGGAAACUACAACCAGAACAAAAAACACGGCCAAGGCACCUUCUGGUACCCAGACGGAUCCAAGUACGAAGGGUCGUGGGUCGACGACCUGAGGCAGGGCCGGGGAGUCUACACCUACCCCAACAGAGACACCUACGACGGAGAGUGGCAGAACCACGUGAGGCAGGGUCAGGGAGUGUACCACUACCAUGAGACUGGCUCCAGAUACAAAGGCACCUGGCUGAACGGAAACAUGGGGAAUUCUGGAGAAUACAUCCACUCCAACCACAGAUACCAGGGGAACUUCGUCAGCAACAAUCCCAUGGGCCCGGGGAAGUACGUGUUCGACAUCGGCUGUGAGCAGCACGGAGAAUACCGCCUAGUGGAGCAGGACCAAACCGAGGGCCAGUAUGGCGAGCUGGCCUCGACCACCGUCCUCAAGUGGAUCCCAGAGUCCAUCAGCGGCCCGACGACGAGGACGCCUGGGAAAGAGACAACAGCUGGAGAAAAGGACGCAUCCUCCAACUAGGAGAGAACAGGAGCUAAGCCUGCUG